AAUAAAAGCUAAAAAGUAACUUCCUUUCAUCAUCAUAAUAAUGACCGGGCUGCAGUUCAGCUUCGUGCCCACACUCUUUCUCUCUCCAUUGUCUACAGCUUCACCAGCGCUUUCCGGUGCCGUCGCCGUCGACGCCGGCAUGUACAUAACCGUCUCCGUCGGUAUAUAGUGAACUGCAGUGACAGUGUGUGUUUCCUUCUUUCUUAAAUAUGAGUUAAUGAGGAGGAGGAGGAAGACUGAAAAACUUCUGCCAUUCCAGUCAAAACCACCACAUAUUGAAUCUCUGGCUUACCGCCAGGAGAUUUAGCGUCGCCGGCGCUUGAUCUGCCUGUCAAUAGAACCGAUGAAGCGGUCGGUGAGGCCGCUCUUUAGUAUUCUCCUCCUAUUGGCAAUUGCUGUCACUCUCACCGGCCGAGUUGCAGUCCGGCGACGAUUCGGCCUGAUUCGUUUCGAUCAAGGCAUUACUUCAGUUGACAAUCAUCCGCCGCCGGUAUUCAAUCAGACGCUCUUGAGAUUUGCGUCGGUGGAGUUAGGUGAGGAGAAACUGAACCAAGAAGUUGACCGGCUAUUAGAAGGUAAUUUCCGGAAUCACGCGACGCAUCGAUCUUUUCUCUCUUCGACGGGAAGCUAUAGAAGACUUAAUAUUCCGGCGAGGUCUUCGAGAGGAAUUCCGACUUUGCUCAGGUCGCCGCAGUUUUACAGGCUUUGGCUGGAAUUUCGGAAGCACUUGCAAAAAUGGUGGCGGAACAAGCGGUUUCAAGCUGAGGUACUUUCUGAUUUGGUCCAGAUGAUUAAAGUUCCAAUUGACCGGCAUAAUGGAGUCUCGCUUUCCAAUGAACGGUACUCUACUUGCGCCGUAAUAGGUAAUAGUGGCAUUCUGUUGAACAGCGAGAAUGGAGCAUUAAUUGAUAGCCAUGAAGCUGUGAUUCGGCUGAACAACGCUAGAACGAACGGGUACGAAAGAAACGUGGGAUCAAAAACUACCAUUUCCUUUAUUAACAGCAACAUAUUGCAUCUUUGUGCUCGAAGGGAAGGUUGUUUCUGCCAUCCUUAUGGAGCGACUGUCCCGAUCGUUAUGUAUAUUUGUCAGCCUAUUCAUUUCAUGGAUUACACGACCUGUAAUUCAUCGCAUAAAGGCCCACUGAUUAUCACAGAUCUACGGUUUGACAUGAUGUGUGCUCGGAUAAUCAAGUAUUACUCGUUGAAAAGAUUCGUGGAGGUGGAGGAGACGAAGAAGCCAAUAGAAGAAUGGGGAUCUGCUCAUGAUGGUUCCCUCUUCCAUUACUCUUCAGGAAUGCAAGCUGUUAUGAUGGCUUUGGGGAUCUGCGAUAAGGUUAGCAUAUUCGGAUUUGGAAAACUGCCAUCUGCUAAACAUCAUUACCACACCAACCAAAAAUCAGAACUUCAUUUACACGAUUAUGCAGCGGAGUAUGACUUCUAUCGCGAUCUUGCAGAGAAACCCCAGGUAAUUCCAUUCAUCUCACCCAAUUUCAAGUUUCCAUCCGUUGUCUUUCACCAGUGAUCUCUCCCAUCUCUCUCGCCCUUUCUUUUCCAGGUAUUUCUAUGUAGUAUUCAUUUGGUAGAUUUGGUUAAAAUAGAAGAAAUUUGUCUGUUUCAAUUGUUAGUAGUAUCCGUAACAGACGGAAUAGGGAUUUGCAUUAUUGAAUGGUGACCCAUCACUCCAUGUAUUCGAUCCAGAAAUGAUGGCAAAGAUUCAUCACAGUAACACUUUUGUCAGCAAUCAAUGAAAUUUACACUUUUGUUAAUC